AUGGACGUGUUUAACCUGGCGCUUAAGAACCCGUUGCCGCCUGCUCGUAAAGACGAGAAGAGUCCAGGCGUCAAGGUCGAAAAGAGCCCAAGUGCUGUAAGAGCUGCCAGUCCGCGAGAACCGUCAUCUGGUGAGUCCAGCAACGAAAGCCACUUGAAUGGGAAUGGCCAUGACAAGAGUACGGAACGAAACGAAGAAGACGACGAUCAGUACAGAAAGAGGAAAUCGUCUAGGCGAAAACACCGCAACUCCCACUUGGGCUGUGGCACUUGUAAGAAGAGACGUAUCAAGUGUGAUGAGAACCUUCCCCAGUGUUUCAACUGUGUCAAGGGGAAAUUGCAUUGUGCUUAUUUGAAUUUGGAUGCUCCGGCGAGAAAUGCUCUUAGAAUGGCUCAGUAUAACCAGAACUUGCGCCAGGAUGGGGCUAAGGAUAAGAAGGAUGAGAAGAAGGAAGUGAUCAUCCCUAACCAGAUCCACCCGAACCCGCUCCCGCCUCAGCUUCCGCCUCAGCAGGUUAAUGCUGUGCCUGCUGCUGCGGUGCCGCCCAAUGGCCAGUAUCCGCCGGCGUUUGUGCCUUAUCAUAUCGUUUCUCAUGGUCCAAAAGGUCAGGAUUCGGUUCCCGUGGCUCUGCCCCAGAUGAUUCCUCAGCAGCCACCGCCAGGCACUACUGCUACGCUUAUACAGUCGCCUUAUGGUCCUAUGGUGCUGUUUCAGCCUAUAGGUUCUGUUGCUGGCGCAGUGGCAUACCCGCCAAUGUCUGUGCAAGUGAUGCCUCAAGUGCCUGUGGUGUAUCAGACUGAAGAUCAAGCCAGAAUGCCUCCAAUGGGUCCUCAGUACCCUGUUCCAGGCACAGCUUCCAUGUCAAAUCUGCCGCCUACGAAAAAUCAUUCAUAUACGGAAAUCAACCAGGCCAUGGCUCCAUUUCCUCCUCCACAAAGCAUAUCGCCGCCUGGCUCUGUUCCAGUGCCUGUUGCCAGCGAUUCUCAACCUAUGGCGGUGCCUCCACCGCCAAUGCCGCUGUCUGAUCCAGCACGGUUUUCAGCCUUGGCAUCGAACCCUACGCCAAAACAAGAGAAUGAGCCUGUUAAGUUACCUGAGAUUCAGCCUGGUGCUGUUUCUGGGGGCCAAUCAACUACUCAGUCUACUUAUGCGUCAGCGGUGACGUCUCAUUCCCAUUCCAAAGCACAGCUGGCGGCCUCUUCACUGGCGACAUCGCCUGUGCUUCAGGGCGAUAAGGUUCCUUCGAUUCUGAAGUUGCUUUCAUAA